AAAACUAAAAUUCUGAAACGUCAACAUGAUCGUGAUGGAAUCUGCUAAUCAAAUUGUGAAUUUUCAUUGAUUUUUGUUAAAUUUACGGCGAAAUUUGUGUAUAAUAUAUAAAAAUUCAGUAUUUUGAAGUGUGACACCUGCGUCCUAUGUGUUGUAAAUAUGUCGUUUGUUGGUAGUUGCUCAAAUAAAUAAAGUGGAAGAAGUUGUUGUUGGUGAUAAGUUUGUGUUGAAAAUUUGCAAAAAUGUCUCUACCUGGGAAUGGAAUCUUCGUGGUGCAGGGCGAGAUGGCAAUGCUCGUCACUGCCAUGCGACGGAGCACUCGCUGGGGCUCGCACUCAUUCCCAAACGAAGAGUAUGACGUAUUAAUGAGAACAUUCCAAGAUCUCAAGACGAUCUUGAAUCAAGUGGAUGAUUUACGGCUCCUGGACCCUGCGACGUACCUGAGCCCAUUCCUGGAAGUAAUCAGGAGCAAGGAGACCACUGGUCCUGUCACCAGUUUGGCUCUAUCUGCCAUUCACAAGUUUUUAUCCUAUGGACUCAUAGACCCGACACACCCGAGUGUGCCUGCGACAGUAGAAGACAUAGCUGACGCCGUCACCCACGCCCGCUUCGUCGGCACCGACCACUCUUCAGAUGGAGUUGUGCUGAUGAAGAUCUUACAAGUCCUUCGCACACUAAUGCUCAGUCCGGAAGGCGCCAUGUUGACAGAUGAGAGCGUCUGCGAAAUCAUGCUCAGCUGUUUUCGCAUAUGUUUCGAAACUCGGCUCACAGAGUUGCUUCGUCGGAACGCGGAACAAUGUCUUCGAGAUAUGACGCAGUUGAUCUUCAUGAGGCUGCCGCAGUUUCCAGCAGAAGACUCGGGAUCCGCCAGCUUCUCCACCGUCGGCCUGUCCCUCAAGAAGAGAGAGAAGACCAGCAAGAAGAAGAGUUUGACUAGUGUGAACAGCACAAAUUCUUUGGAAAGAAAAUCAUCCCUAAGCGAGCAGCCUAGUACAACGACCACUGAGCUUGAAACGGAGAGUGAUGCGAGCAAAACUGACGUCAGACAUAGCAGCCAAGAUAAAAACCUAAUAAACGAGGCUGAGAUCACGAUAGAGCCGGUGGACGUGAAGAGUCCAGUCAAGAAGCAUGGCAGGCACUCCUCCAUGGACCUGGCCGCCAACGGCAACACCUCCAUCACGCAGCUGCUGGAGAAAUGUGUCAGUCCUGACACUGCUGAUGAGAAGGAACCUGGAGACCAGAGCGAGGAUGUACAGGAACAGGAGAAAGUUACAGAAACCCCAAUCCCCGAACCGGACGGUAUUGAGACCAUAGAGCCUGUGGCCCCUGAGGGUCCAGUGGAGGACAGUGGAGACAAGCCGGGGGAGUACGUGAACCACCGCGGCAUCAGGUUCACUCCUCAGGACGACGCCAACCUGCAGCCUUAUGGACUGGUCUGCGUUAGAGAGCUGUUCAGGUUCCUAAUAUCGCUCUGCAACCCGCUGGACAGUCAGAACACAUCAGGCAUGGUACACCUGGGCCUGUCCCUCGUUGGAACAGCUCUUGAAGUGUCCGCAGACCAGCUAGCGAAGUACCCAUCACUCCUGUACCUGGUCAAAGACCCGCUCUGCAGAAACCUUUUAAGCCUGCUGAGCACGGAAAGGAUAUCGAUAUUCGCACUAGACCUGCAAGUCUCCUUCCUACUCUUCGAAGCUCUUCGCACACAUCUCAAGUUUCAAAUGGAGGCGUUUUACAAGAAAAUCAUAGAAAUCAUAUCAGCAGACACGACGAAAGCUAUUUAUGAGCUGAAAGAGAUCCACCAUCUUGCCUUGGAGAGCUUAGCACAAAUGUUCAGGAUACCGGGGCUCUGCGCUGAGAUAUACCUUAACUAUGACUGUGAUGUGUACUGCAUGAAUGUAUUUGAAGAAUUGACCAAACUGCUCUCCAAAAACGUGGUUUCUUCUACCGCAUACAACAUCCACUCCCUAUCUUUAGAAGCAUUGAUGACCAUCAUUGAGGCAGUGGAAAUGGGGUGCAGUAACAAAGAAAUAAAGCCAGAACCAGAGAUCCCCCCUAAUGGGGAGGAGGAGAAAGAGAAGGACGUGAGAGGUGGUCAUGUGUCUUUGGAACUAGGGGGGCUAGAUGAUGUGUCUGUGGUCAGUGACCAUGUGACUCAUGAUAUUAGUCAGUACUUCGGCUGUGGGAGGACAGGGAGGCAUAAACCUUCCUCUGAUCUGCCUUCUGAAGCUGAAUUAGAUAAUAUCAAGAAUAUGAAGAAGUGGGUUACACAGGGUACGGAGUUGUUCAAUCAGAAACCAGAGCGUGGCAUUGAAUUUUUGCAAGAACACGGAGUGCUGGCAACCCCGCUAGAUCCCCACGAAGUUGCCAUAUUUUUGAGAGAAAACCCCGACUUAGAUAAGAAAAUGAUAGGUGAAUUUAUCUGCAAGCGUUCGUCUCGAGGUGAAGACGAAGAAGGUGGCCCAUCAGUUCUGGGAGCCUUUGCAGACAGUUUCGACUACGCGGGGCUGAGGAUAGACCAGGCACUGCGGAUGUAUCUGGAGACCUUCAGGCUACCAGGAGAAGCUCCCCUCAUCUUCCUUGUCAUGGAACGAUUUGCUGAAAGGUGGCAUAGUUCAAACGGCGAGCCGUUCGCGAACACAGACGCCGCCUUCCGCCUGGCGUACGCCCUCAUAAUGCUGAACAUGGACCAACACAACCACAACGCCAAGAAACUGAACGUGCCGAUGACUGUGGAGGACUUCGUGAAGAACCUCAGAGGAUGCAAUGGAUCUGGAGACUUCGACCAGUCCAUGUUGGAGGCUGUGUUCCAUUCUAUCAAGAACGAGGAGAUGGUGAUGCCGGCGGAGCGUACGGGCGCGGUGCGCGACGCGUACCUGUGGCGGGUGCUCCAGCGGCGGGGGGCGGCGCCCCACGCGCUGUACAAGGCCGUGCCCGCGCUACACCCGCACCACGCGAGACUCUUCACUGUUGCUUGCCCGCCUACUGUGACAGCGCUUUCGGCAGCGUUCGAGCGUUCGACUCCCCCGACAGUGGAGGAGAUGGACAGUAACCGAGUCCGCGAGAGUGGCGCGCUGCUGGCGCUGCAGGGGCUGGAGCGCUGCGCCGCGCUCGUGGCGCGCCUGCCGCCUGACAACAUCACGCUCGACACACUGCUGCUCACGCUCUGCAAGUUCACCGGGUUAUUGGCGCCGCAACACGCUAAUUAUAUUGCUAUUGGCGUGACACUAGGCCAGUCGAGUAAGGCGCAGCUAGCGCUUCGCCGCGCCUGCGCAGUAGCAGCCCGGCACGCCGACUGUAUCCGGGACUCGUGGCGACAUCUGCUGGAGAUCGUCAAGACUUUGUAUAUUGGAAGACUGCUGCCUAAGUGCCUCGUAGAAGCGGAAGACUACCUCGCCCCGAACGGCACGGUGUCUCUCAUCAGGGAGGCGGCGCGGGGCUCGGAAGCCGGGCUGCUGUCCAGCUUGUAUUCUUACAUCGCGCUUGGAGAAUCAGGUAUGCGAACGCCCACGCCUCAUGAGAAGGUACUGAUCGACGCGGCCAUGGACUGCGUGGCCAAGUGCAACUUCCCGGGACUGCUCAUCACUGAAACCAAGUUCCUACAAGUCGAUAGCUUACAGGAGUUGAUCCGUGCGAUGGUGACAGUGGGCACGCCGCCCGACUCGGACAGUCUGCAGAUGAACCCUCAGCUGGAAGACAUCACCAUAUUCUUCCUGGAACUGCUCGGACAAACACUCAUACAGAACAGAGACCGUCUCCUGUGCGUGUGGCCCCUAGCAGCCCCGCACGUGUCCCGCACGGUGUCGUGGGCCCAGACAGUGGGCCCGGGGCUGCGGCGCGCCGUCACGGCCGUGCUGCGGACGGCGGCGCGCCUCAUGCGCUGCGACGCCGCCGCGCCCCACGUACUGCACCAUCUCACCAUACUCUUCCACAUGCCGUACAAACUAUUCUACCAGCAGGCUGAUGUCAUAUCGUGCGGCAUGUACGAGAUAGUGAAGACGUCAGCACAGAACGUGCACAGUGCGCAGGAGUGGGACAUCGUGUUCGCCUUGCUGUGCGCCGCCGGGGCCGGGGCUUGGCCCAGUGACGCCAGGGCUACUAGUCCGGCGGCAUCGAGUAGGUCUGAAGGAUCGGAGGACGAGAGUGAACGACGGCCCACUAGUGCCUCCUCCGAGAGUGAACUGUCCCAUUCACCACAAACACAGGGAUGGAUACUGGUGAAGAACGAGACAGAAUCGUCGGAGGCCCUAGACCUAGAAGGCGCGGUGUCGCUGCGCGCGCACCGUUCCUCUGCGCUGUCGCGGUGCUGCGAGGCGCUGGCGCUGGUGGUGCGCGACGUGGCGCACGUGACGCCCUACAACUGCCGCGCCGCCGUGCGCGCCGUCAGGCUCUUCGCGCGCGCCACGCUGCACUCCGGAAAGAAAUCUGGCAAGUCGCGAUCAGGUCACAAAUCCCGUCCGAGCUCUGGUAGAAGACGAUACGAUGACUCCUCUGAUGAGGAGGUGGAUACCUUAGACCAGUACCAUAUGGUCAGCAUACAGCUACUGGACCUAAUGCACACGCUACACAGCCGCACCGCCCAGAUAUUCAAGUGGUGGCGAGACGAGGCCGACCAAGGACAGAAUGCCGAAGAAUACGACUUAUGGGAAGUUGCGUGGAAACCAUUGCUGCAAGGCAUCGCACAGUUCUGCACGGAUAGGCGGAAACAGGUGUCGAACAGCGCGGUGGCGUACCUGCAGCGCGCGCUGCUGGUGCCGGGGCUGGCCAGCAUGGGCGGCGCGCGCUGGGAGGCCGCCUUCCACCACGUGCUGUUCCCCCUGCUGGAGCUGCUGCCGCGCCGCGCAGACGUCACCGCCAGGGCACACACCAUCAUGUGCAAGGUGUUCCUGCAGCACCUGUCUGCACUAAGUGCGCGUCCGUCGUUCGGCGCGCUGUGGGUGCGCGUGCUGGACCGCGCGCGCGCGCUGCUGCUGCCCGAGCCCGACGACCCGCUCACUGAGGCCGCGCUCGAGUCGCUCAAGAACAUGAUCCUGGUCAUGGACUCCGUCAGGAUAUUCAGCAACGCAGACGGGUACAACGACCUGUGGUACAUUACUUGGGACAAGAUCAACGAGUUCCUGCCUAACUUGAAAGAAGAACUAUUCCCACAAGUAAAAGACAACGCGAAACCAGCCAGUGUACCGAGCCACAUGCAGCCCACGAUACCACCGUCCCUGCCCACCCUGGUUCCCGUCGGACCGACCAGUACGCCCACUCUAGUACCAAUCCCAUCCCCACCACAACCCCAGCCCCAACUCCCAUCACCAAUGUUGGCCCAUUCGCCCGUGAACUUAGUUCAGACGCCGCCGUUGGUGGCCAAUGCGCCAACGUUGGUGGCUCCGACGCCAAUAAGCGGUAUGGUUCCUAUAAGGAACCCCUUGUAUGACCAGACUGGACUGACAUCCUCUGUACUCCUGCAGCCUUUGAAUGAGAUGAUAUCAACACCGAUUGGGAUGUCGAUGCAGGCACAAAUUCCGAUGCUAUACCCGCAGAACAUUGACCCCACGCCGGCGCGACCGGACCUCAUCCGCAUGGACCCCAGACCGGACCUCGCGCCACAGGUCCCUACACGACCGGAGAACCCGUACAUAGACCCGGCACAGCCAGACAUUACGCGGUCAGACCCACAAAUAGUCAGUUACAAUGAUAAUGUUGUACCUGAUACUAAAGUGGAACAAAGUGAGUUAUACGCAGACUACUUAACCAACCCGUACUCCGAGAUCAAAGACAUCUCCAAAGAAGCCACUCUAUACGACCCAGAAGACCCAAAACCUCCAAAUAGUGAAUUAAAAAACACCCUAUUAUCAGCCUUAGAUAAAAAAUCCUACAGUGCAAAUGCGACACCUAUGCAUACUGUUAAUAAAGCUCAGUUUGGCUCGAGCGAUAAUGUUAGGCAAGAGUCAGGGAUUUUCAACUUUUCUAGUUAUUUUGGGUCGGUGAGUGAGACCAGAGCGCCAGGGUCUGAAGUAUUUGACAGUUUGAUGUCCACGCAAGAAGGAUAGCUAGACUGGAUAGACAGAGACAGAGGUACGUGGUUGUAGAGCUAAAAUGAAUCGUAGUUAGACCAAGAUAGGGUUGUAUAUUAAUUGAACGGUCUUGUUCGUACAAAAAGGUAAUAAUAAUAAUUUUGUGAUGUCUUGUUUCGGUUCUUUUGAAGUCAAUUCGUAUGAAAUUCAAUGUUAUGUACUUACUUUUGGGUUUGUAUGGCGAAAACUUGUUUUAUACAAGCGGAAAAUAACUGGUUUGUAGUGCAUCUCAGCCUACCCCUUUAUGUAUACAAGCGAGAUGUUAUAUGAAUUACUUUCUGGUCUAACUACAAAGUUUAGUUAGAAAAAUCACAUUUAAUCCUUAUUAUAGAAAAUCUUAUAUGAAACAAUCAUUUUCAAGGAACUAUGAUCCUUAUCACCUUAUUAUUAAAGUCCAAUUUCAAUAGGACUACCACAUUCUACAUAUUUAUUUAUAUUACGUUUUGUGUUUGUUUUUAUUUUAAUCGAAUUUAAAUGUUAUAGUGGUGAUAAUAAUGUUUAAAAAUCGGCCUAGUUGCAACAGCUGUAAGGUUGAAAAUUAUUUAUUUUUAGAUUUUAUUGUUUUAUGUAUGACAUUCCAUGGUCUUUAUUUUUUAUUUGUUUGAGGCUGGGUGUUUUGAGCAGGCUGGGUAUUAAAUUGAAGUAUCUAAAGGUCGGUUCAUAUCUGACGGAACAUGCGUCGCGUAACACCAGAAUAGACAAAUGUAUAGAAAAACAAUUGACCGUUCACACUCAACCGAUGAUACGACCGAUGAUAUGCUCGACGUAUUUUACGUCAGAUAUGAACCGACUCUAAGUGUACAGUCUUCUGACACACCCUCUCGUCUUGCCCAAGGUGACGGUUAUAAAAUAACACUUUUAAGUCAUUGGAUGAUUCUGAGAAGAAAUGCCGAAACAAACCCCCUUUUAAAAAAAAGCUUGAUGACCUCCUUUUUACUAAGUCGGUUAAAAAGGAUAUUAUAGUGUCAUCAUUAUGUAUAAGGUGCUUGCUAACUUUUUAGGUCGGUCCCCUUUCAUAGUGAAAAGUAAGUUGUUUGAAUUUGAAGUCUAUUAUUUCUUUAAAAGAUUCCUUUUUGUAAUGCAAUAUCAUUUCACUUAUUUCUUCUUUUAUUAAAACUUAUAUUUGUGUCCGUCCUUAGUUUUGACGUUCAAAUGUGUUGAUAUUGAUCUUAUUUUCUUAUUACUAUGUUCAUAAUCGAUUUAUUCUUCCUUUUUCAACUUAUGGCUUAUUAUUAUGUCAAUAGUACUUAAUAUGAUGUUCAAACAACACUGCACUUUCCAAAAAGAGGGCCAAUUUAGUCG